AUGCUGUUGUUUAAGUUCUGUAGGGAAGGGGAAGUCACAGAAAUCAUGAGCCCUCGUUUUGAAGAAAUUUAUACCACGGAGCUUUUUGAAAUGAUGAUUUGGCAGCUCCAGAGAAAGAAGGACAGAGUGCUUGGUAUAAAUGAAUGCCAAAAAACAGGGUUCCAGGAUAAUGUCGUCAGCCACUUAAAUCUGUUGGAUCUUUGUGAUCAGCUGACAUUGUGAAAAGAUAUCAAGUGUCUUGAAGUUCAUCUAAGGGAGAUCCUUGCCUUAGUUUUGCCCUUUCAUUCCUAUGUAGAGAAUGUAGGUUGCAAGUGGGAGAAACCAUCAGAAAAUUUGAAAAUCAAUAGACAGAAUUGGGAAGAAAAAGUGAAUAGCCUACUUGAAGUGUUCAGGAAAGCUGACUUUGUCAUGGAAGAUUUCAUUAGACUUCCACACCAGUGUAAAGGUGACAGGUACAAUGAUUACUAUGCUCCAAACAAUGUUAACUUGUCUGACUCUAAAUUUAAAAGUAGUGGACUGGUGUCUUUGGAAGAGGUCCACUUAGACAUGCCCACUGACAUCAUCCUUGUUCAGCUCACAGUGAGGCUGUCACGUUGUGAAAACAACAGUGAUGUGAUGAGAGACAAACAGCGACGUGGUUUGGGAAAGGUCGUCCCCGUUGAUAAGAUGCCCCUGCUAACCAACUGUGGGGAGGACCCUGGACGCUGCUCCUCUAUGGAGGAAGGAGAUGGGAUGUGA